CUUUUAAUUUGUUGUUUGGUAUCAUCUGCAGACAAAGCAUUCUACGUUUACAACGUUGCAAUCUUCCUUUGAAAAACAACAACAUUCUAAGUGUCCCUACUUGUACAAAUGGAAUGCCCAUUUCUAUUUUCUUGUCAUUUCAAGAUGGUUGGACAUGGAUUCUUCCCCCUUGUCUUGUGCUUCAUUUUGGUAUCGACUUUCCCAUCACCACAUGAUGCGUUCACGGGCACGUACGGGGUGAACUACGGGCGGAUAGCGGACAACAUCCCGAAGCCGGAGAGCGUGGUGACGCUCCUGAAGGCGAACAAGAUCAAGAACACCCGCAUCUACGACGCCGACCACGACGUCCUCAAGGCCUUCUCGGGCUCCGGCGUCGAGAUCAUCGUGGGUCUGGGCAACGAGUUCCUCCGCGACAUUAGCGUCAACCAGGACCGCGCCGUCGACUGGGUCAAGACCAACGUCGAGCCCUUCCUCCCCGGCACCUCCAUCACGGGCAUCGCCGUCGGCAACGAGGUCCUCGGCGGCGGCGACGCCGAGCUCUGGGAGGUCCUGGUCCCCGCCGUGCGGAACGUGUACAACGCCCUGACGCAGCUGAAGCUGGCCGACAAGAUCGAGGUGUCGAGCCCCCACUCGGCCGCCGUGUUCGCCACCACGUACCCUCCCUCGGCGGGGGCCUUCAAGGAGAGUCUCCUCCCCUACAUGAGGCCUCUUCUCAGAUUCUUCUCCCACAUCGGCAGCCCUUUCUACAUCAACGCCUACCCUUUCCUCGCCUACAUCAGCGACCCUUCCCACAUCGACCUCAACUACGCCAUCUUCGAGAAGAACAAAGGCAUCUACGACGCCAAGACCAAGCUGCAUUACGACAACAUGUUCGACGCCAUGGUGGAUGCCGCCUAUGCGGCCCUCGAGAAGGUCGAUUUUCACCGCAUGGAGGUCAUCGUCUCCGAGACCGGCUGGGCUUCCAAAGGAGACGACAACGAGGCCGGCGCCUCCCUCAAGAACGCCAGGACUUACAACAACAAUCUCAAGAAGCGCCUCAUGAAGAAAAAGGGCACGCCUUAUCGCCCUAAGAGGCCCGUCAAGGCCUAUGUCUUUGCGCUUUUUAACGAGAAUUCAAAGCCCGGUCCCACUUCCGAGAGGAACUUCGGAUUGUUUAAGGCUGAUGGUAGCACUUCUUAUGAUAUUGGAUUCACUGGCCUUGUUCCUAGCUCUGCCUCCUCCUUUAAGACAUGGAAUUGGCUGCUGUGUGUGGCGGUUGGGGCUGUCAUGAUCUGAUUCACGGCUUAUAAAUUAAAUUGGGUUGAUUCAUUCAUUGCUCAUGUUCAUAAUGAGUUUUCAUGAGAUGUGUAUUUUCUUUCUUUUUCAUUUUGUAUAUGAUUUGGACAUUAUUCAAAAAUAAAUCAUAAUGUGAAUGAGCCUCGAAA